AUUAAAUAAAUACAGGAAAUCAAAUACAGAAAAUCAAGAGGAAAUUAAGGAAUAAUUAGCUAGGAUCUUGAUUCUAACACUUUCUCUCCUCCUCUGAUUUGGAUUUUCGAUUGCUGGUAUUGGAUCUAGCUUCACCGGUCGCAGGCGUUCGAUUGUGACCAGAGGCGUCAUGCUUCUCUACCGCGACGACGUCGUUUCCGCCUCCCCCUCCGUUCUCCCCGUUGAAAGAAAGCCUCUCAUCUGUGUUCUUGGAGUUCCAAAUCACAUGACGUCUGCAGAUUUCUGCCAGUUUUGCGGUUCAUUUAUUCAGCACAUUUUGGAGAUGCGGAUUACCAGGUUUGAUAGUCAAGACUCUACCGAUCAUUUUUACAAGCACUUUAAUGGAACUCGGUUCUCAUCUCUAGAGGCGGAAGUGUGUUGUGUGUUUUUCACGGUAGAUGUGCAAUACACUCGUUCAAUUGAACACACACAGGCAUCCCCUGCAAGCUCUGCGGAGCAGCCCACUUGUCCAGUUUGUCUUGAAGGACACGCCAUAAGACAUUGGAAAGAAACACAAUACUGCUAUUCUCUUGAAUUGGAUACACGACGUGUGUGGGAUUAUGCAGGAGGCAAUUAUGUUCACCGUCUAAUACAAUCUAAAACUGAUGGAAAGUUGGUUGCGCUGAAUUCUCAUUGUCACCAUGCUAAUGAUGGAUGUGGAAACUGUGAUUCUGAAUUGUGACGCUCUUUUGAACAGUAAAGUCGAAGCUGUAAUGACUUGUUUUGUUUUGUCUUUUCUCACUUUAAGUCAUGACUUUCUUUUUUGUUAUAUUCAUUUUUAUUUUUUUGGGUAUUACGCCCAUACCUAUAAUUUAAGUUCUGUCUGCAGAUUGUUAACGAGUACAAUGAACUGCUUACUACCCAACUUGAGAACCAAAACUUAUUAAACGUUUAGUUCGCUGAUUCGAGUUG